AUGCUGAUACAGAAGACUGGUUUCAUCCCGCCAAUUCCUACAUAUCUCCCGUAUCUGAAUACUUGUUUGGGCGAUAACGACCCUACCACUGGGUCUUCAAAGGCUGAAACCCGCAGCGCGCUUUGGCGUCGAAGACCUGGUGUAAUUCGCCACGAUGUUUACGGUCGCCCUAUUGUGAUUGGACAGAACAACAGAAGAAACGCAAGCGAACCUCGAUCAGGAACGAGCGUCAAAGAUAAGGCAACGAGCCGCGGCGCAGAAGCUUUGUAUGAAAAACAAUUCCUCCCCCAAGACCUUGAAGUCUAUAUUCUUGAUCAUCUUGAUGCCUUUAGCAGCAUGCGCUCAGAAAUUAACUCCAGUGUGGCUCAAAGAUCCAAUGUCCAAGUCUUGCACAUGGGUCUUCCUCGGACGGGGAGCUUUUCCAUGAAGGCCGCAUAUGAAGAGCUUGGAUUGCCAACAUACCACGGAUUCGUUUAUAUCGAAAGACCGCAAGACCAUCUUCGCUGGUUCGAUGCAGUGCAGGCCAAGUACUACGGAAAGGGUAAGCCCUUUACGACAGAAGACUUCGAUGAUUUAGUUGGAGAAUGGGCUGUUGUCUCAGAUAACCCGGCGAUCGGGUUCGCAGAGGAGCUUCUCCAGACUUAUCCUGAGGCUAUCAAGGCGAAAGUUGUACUUGUCUGCCGAGAUCUGGAUAAAUGGUACAAAUCAUAUGACGAAGGUGUCAUCAGGUCUUUCUUCACCUGGAAGAUGUGGGCUGUACUUAAUCUGAUCGAACCUCUCCAAACGCUGAAGCCCGUUACUGUUACAAGGGAUCUGCAAUACGCAAUAUUUCGCUGCAGCAAUCAAACACAAUGUCAAAGAAACGCCAAGUUGAUAUGCCAGGAGUAUUCUGAGAAAAUCCGGGAGCUUGUUCCUAGAGAACGCCUGUUGGAGUACAAGCUUGGCUCGGGAUGGGAGCCACUGUGCAAGUUCCUCGACAAGGAAAUCCCACACAAGCCUUUCCCACAUCUUAAUGAUGGCAAAGAAUUCGAGCUAUGGAUGCGGGAUUUCCAACAGAGGGAGGUGAAGAGAGGGCUGAUGGCUGCGGUGAGGACCAUGAGGUAUCUGAUUGUACCGGUAGCAGUGUCUGGUAUCGUGCUGGCUUUCACGAGAAUCUGGAGGUUCUGGACAUGA